UGGCUACGGACGGACGUACGAAGCGCUCGCAGUCGAUAUGCGCUCCCGCCUCCGCGAGUAUGGAAGCUCUUGCAGCUCCCAUGGAGACCACGCCAGCGCCUCGCCGGAGGCCUGCUGCGCGGUCCCAAUCUGCCAGGAUUACUGGCGGUCGCUCCGUGAGGCAGCGACGCCAGCAACAGCAGCAGCAACAACUGGACAGAGAGACCAGGACCCGGUACAGCUCGGAGCCUCGCCUCGCUGAGGCUGAGACUCCGCCUCAGGUCCGAAGGCAGGCCUCGGCCCGCCGCCGCCCGCCACCCGGCCAGCACAAUCAGCCGCGGCGCUCCAACGCUUUCCUGGAUGUGCCCAGGAAUGCGCCGCACCAGCCCGAGGAGGAGCCCGACGAGGACUCGUACCGACUCCGCACGUUCAACAUCACGCAGAAAGGAGGCAUAGUCAACCGAGGAGACUCAUUCAGACGCCGCAGAUCAAGAUCAGGCAGUCUAGCCCCUUCUUCACCUGCACAAUCAGCGCCUGAGUCUCAAGAACGCAAGCCAGUAGCGUGCCACCGAGUCGCCAUGGUCGGAGCUCCAGGGGUCGGGAAGACAGCCCUCAUCAGCCAGUUCCAGACGAGCGAAUGUAUAAAUGCUUAUGAUAGACAACGAGAUUUGGACAGCACGGAGCAGAAGGUGUCUAUUAUGCUGAAUGGUGAAGAAUCUGAGCUUUACUUCGUUAACUGCACGACGACAAAGGAGGAGAUCGAGCGCUCGGAGCCACCUGAUGCCUUCGUGGUAAUCUACUCCGUGGUGGACAAGGCUUCCUUCCAGAAAGCUGAACAGGAGCUGGCUAGGCUGCUCGACUGCGACAUGCUUAGAGCACGACCAGCCAUCCUAGUGGCUAACAAGAUCGACCUGGCUAGAAGUCGAGCCGUUUCGACACAAGACGGCAAAUGCCUGGCGUGCACUUACAAAGCAAAAUUCAUAGAAGUCUCAGUCGGAAUCAACCACAACGUAGACGAGCUCCUGGUCGGGAUCCUCAACCAGAUCCGGCUAAAAAAGCAGCAGUACACAGCUGAAGGUGGAAGGGAAUCCUCGCCAGCUCACUGGUACAAAUCCCGAGGAGUUGUUCGAGCCAGUAUGAAGGCCAGACAAAUGUUCACCUGGAUUUUCGGCAAGGAAGAUUCAAAAUUCAAGAACUGUGAGAAUCUUCAUGUCCUGUGAGUGGAAAAUGACGGACCAGUGUUCGUCUAAAGACAUUGGGACUUCUGCGUGCGUUUGGAAGUGAUAGUUCAGUGGAUAAGAUUAGAUAUUGUUUGUUUGUACUUAAAUGUUAAAAUAACACGGCUAGUUAUAGCCACUGAUGCAAAUAUUCAAUGUAACAAAACACAUUAUUAUAUAGGUAACGUUAACAACCCCGAAAUUGUCAAAUCAGUGCCAUGUAUAACAACAACGCUUUCGCGCGUUUUCUCCCAGUCUAUGGUCUAUCAGAUGACAUAACUAACCGUGUUGCCAACCCAAAAAAAUAAAAUGCCAAAUAUAAAAUUGGUAUUAACUAGUUGUUAUGUGCCAAUUUUGAGAGAAUUUAAUAAAUUUAUGUAAGUAUUAUAUUUAAGUUAGGUAACAUAUAUACAUAAGUGAGACGUACAGUAUUUUCCCAAAAUACUUUUAAUAUAUCAUUAAAAUGACGUAUCAGCAAUAUGUAAAGCGUAAGUGAUAUAUUAUAUCAUGUAGAUAAAAAAUAUUGUAAAAUAAUAAUAUACUAAUAUUAUUGGACCAUGCGUACUUA